AUGGCUUCAAGAUGGUCAGUUUGGUUGGUGGUUGCCGCAAUCAUGGCAGGGGUUGGGACGUCGCCGCGCCAUCAAGCGUAUGGUCACGUGGCAGCGAUCAAGAGCAUGGUCCUUCCCAACAUGUUCCUGCGAGGAGGAUCGGACUCGUCGUCGAUGUCAGCGGGUAGGAAACGAACGAUAUCUUCAUGCCUACCUCGCGUUCACGCCAUAGCAGAAUCGUCGUUCGAGUCCGAGGUCUCGUUGGAUCAUCUUCCAUAUGAAAGGUACGGCAUGACGGUCCCGGAGAACGAGCACAUGCUCAAGCCUACCAAGGAUGCGAAGCUGGACGCGAUCAAUGCAGAUCCCUACAUCGGGAAGUGGGGAUGGACGGGGAUACAUAGAGCAGCAGUGCUGGUCAAUAAGACAACCCACACUGGAUGGUCAGCGCUGCACUUCGCGGCAGGGAGCGGACACCUGGAGAUGGUGAAGCUGCUGGUGAAGCUGGGAGUGGACAAGAACUGGAGGGACAGCUAUGGCGACCUGCCCAUAGACAAGGCCCUCAGAAAUGCACAGCAGAGAUUUCCUUCGCUCCCUGUCCGCGCACCGCCCUCGUUCAAUACGACAGAGAAGAAGGAAGUUUACUACGAGGUUGCAAAAUAUCUCAACGAUGGGAAAGACACCGAUGAAGUAUCUACGCACCCAUUCUCCCUGGAAGAAUCCACUCAUACGACGUUGGGAUCAAUGUAA